GUGCAAACAACAAGAUGUCUAUUGAUGGAAUUGGCCUUUUAUGGAACAUAAAACUUCUUCACUUCCAAAAUGAUUCAUCAAUAUAAGUCGGUUACCAAUCGUCAAGACCAAACCAAAUGUACCCCUUCCAAUUACCCUUCUGGGCAACUGCUAGUUCCUUGCAAAAGCUACUCACAUGUUAUCUUCUUCAAGAGGUUUUCAGCUCGAUCAAUAAUAGACGGUGUCUCCAUGGAACCGACAAAUUUCUCGCAAAAGAAAAGCUAUCGUAGUCUUGCCUGAGGUGCGCGUUCCGCAGACAUGUAUAAUUCGGUGAUAGUUCAGGAUUCCGGCUAGCUUGGACACGAUUUCAUCUCUGCGGCUGUGAGGCAAUCUUGCUCGAGCAUGGGUAUGGUGGAUUCUGGUUCUUGUUAUCCCUUUGCUACGGCACAACUUGAUAUUCCAAACUUGCUUUUCCUGGUGGCAGGGUCAACGCGCUUUCUUUUACAUGACCUUACCCUCUCUUUAUACCAAUUGACUUCGAACUUAUCCUUUUCAAAACAGCAGGCGAUUGUUGCGGUUUGUAAAAGGCGAAGGAACUAUGCAAUCCACUGGAUCAUCUCACUUCCUUAACUUACAAGCACAAAUAUAAAAAGUCUCAGAUGAGACCUUCAUCGUUAUUUUGUAACCCGAG